AAAAACAGAUGAGCGAUACGAGAUUAUUGGAAUUGGCAAAGGAAAACAUUAACUAUUUGUACAUCGCAGACCAAAUGUUCAAAGAAGCGACAAUAUUUGUACAAUAUUCGCUUGGGUCGGACAGGUUAUCGGCGCCGCGGUAUAUAAGAGGGGUCUCUGAAAAAAAUUCGGCAUACACACAUCUGAUUUUAAAGUUCUCUAUACAGCUGUGAUAGAUAACUAACAAAAUGAUGAAAUACUUGGUUAUCCUUGUUUUGGCGCUAUUCGCCAUGGCUGCGGCCCAGGGAGUGAACGUAGUGGACAACAACAACCCAGGAAACGUGAAUUUCGUCGACAACAGCAACCCGGGUGGCGUGAACUUCGUGGACAACAACAACCCUGGUAACGUGCACGUUGUUGACAACAACCCCUACUACGACAACAACCCGGGUAACGUGCACUUUGUCGACAACAACAAUCCGGGUAACGUGCACUUUGUCGACAACACCAAUCCGGGUAACGUGCACUUUGUCGACAACAACAACCCGGGUAAUGUGCAAGUAGUUGACAACAAUCCGUACUACGACCCCUAUUACAACAACCCGGGUAACGUUAACGUCUACAACCCCCCUCCCGGUGGUGAACCAGUCGACAUUUCGCCUGUGUACGUCAACCGCCCCGGCAAGCAAUACAGCAACCCCUUGUUCCGUGGAGGUAGCGGACGUCGCUAAAUACUUGAAGUAUUACACAAUUGUAUAAACCUAUAUAACUAUUAUAUAGAAGUAUAUGUUUUAAGCUGUUAUCAGCACAAUGAUACGUUUCUAAUAAGCGAAAUUAUACUAUUAUAAUCAUCA